CUGGAAUUACAGUUAUUUUUCAACAGAGCCAUACCCUCUCUCGGCAUUUUGGUGGUUCGUUUUUAUAAUCUAACUCAUCUUCUAGAGAGAUCAAUGUAAAAGGAUUAAGGUUUGGACAAAUGAAAUAAGCAGUGAAAUGGAUCUAUUCAGCUUGUUCACGAUUCCACUAGUAAUGGAAUUACUCCUGAAUGCUGACGCUGGUGAUGUGAUGUCGUCACUUCUGGGUUCUCCUGAAGACAUAACCUGUACCGAUCCCUUUCUAUGGUUGAAUACAAUAGGUUACAUACAGUGUCAGAGGGAGUGCAUCCGCUACUCAAUCUGUGAUGUUUUACAAUUCAAGAAAGACCAGCUGGAAUGUCGUCUAUAUGUUGCCUCCAACUGUUAUACCAAUCUGGAUCCUAAUAUAUACCUAAAGAGAACCGAUAUCAAUGAGUCAGUCUUUAAAGGCUGUGACCGGGAAGGAUGUCCAGCGUCCAUUUGUAUUCGACUGCGAGGUGGACAACACACCUGCGUUCUUUCUAAAGUAAUAGCUGAAUACAACUCAUCUGGUGCAAACUUUGUUGAAGUCGAUGGGGUAUUUUUUGGAAUACAUACGGACCCGCAUUUGGUGGAUGAUUCAGCAAGUAAUGUAUGCGUUUCUUACGGCGGGAGACUUGCGAUAUUAAACACGCAAAGGAAAAUAUGGAUGAUAAUAACCGCAAUGCAAGCAAGAACGGUAAAACCUCGUUACCUGCUCGUGGGCGCAUAUAAAGACAAUGGUGAAGCCAGGUGGGCUACUGGAGAAACUGUGCAAUCAACAAAGGUGGUAAUCCGUGACGAGGGUAGCUGUUUUGUACUGCGGCUCGACGACAAUAUCAUUGACACGAGCUGUACCUAUCGAUGGCCCUUCAUUUGCGAGCUGACAAGUGGUAUAUGAUGUCGCCUGUUAUCGAAGAUGACCUAUUCAUUGAACAAUUUGGGAAAAAAACUGCAAUUUAAAUGUAUUUUUAAUCCCUUUUUCGCUUUAUGUUCUGUGUUUUCGUGUUUCUGACAUUCGUAGUAGUUAAUUGGAUCAAAAAGAUGUAAAGCAAUUUCAACUGCCUAGUAAAUUUUACAGUUUUUAUCAUAUACAUUGUAGCUUAGAUAAUUCAAUCAAUGGGAUGUGCUGAGUGUAUAUAAGGAAGAGUUUGAGACAGUGGGCGUCAUGUUGGAAGGUGCGUCUUAAGCGAAGGUAAAAUCUAGAACGGAAUAUGUUUUUAUCCCAAAUUAAGUUGAUGAUCUUUGGAUAUUUCAGUAGAUUACUUUUAAAGGAACCUUCAGUUUAUAACAAUUAAGACUCGAUGACAUCCAGUCUAAGUUUAAUUUUGGACAAUUCAAACAAUGCAUGUAUUGUGUACAAAGUGUUAAUAAAGUUGUAAAUAAAA